AUAAUCACACAGCAUUUCUGAUGAGGCCCCUUUGCAGAUUUCUUAGGAGGGCUUUCCACAGCCUGGCUGCAAAGAAUCGUAAUAAAAACUCGACCCAUGUCAAAAACAGUGGUCUGUAAUAAACAGCAACAAACCGCUGGCUUCAAAAGAACACAACUAUAAUGAAACCUCUGGAACGAGGACCACAUGAGCUCAUUUCUGGUUUUACUGCCUCUUCUCAUUCUUCCCAAAUUCCGUCCAAUUUUAGCAGCCUAAACUAGCAAAGGCUACUGUGGAAGGCUUCCCAAAACCAACAACAAUAAAAUAAAAUAUUUUUGUAUUUUUUUUUGAAAGAAAGAAAGCUCUCCUGAUAAUCUUCCAGCUCUGCCCGACUGGACGAGAUUCCCCCGUUUCUCUUAUUUCCCUCGGUCAAGACUUCGCUGUCCAAAAAGGUCCCUGAGCCAACAGGAGCGAGAGAAACAGCCUCCUAUAAAGACCUGCUUUUUCCAACGCAGCUCCAGUUUCAAAGAGACCUGUGAGAAGGGACGACACCGGACCCCUGAGUCUCCUGUGUGUCUGAACCUGGGAGGAGGGGAAAAAAGAAGAAGAAAGAAAGUGUGCGAGGAAUUCGAACCCGAGGCCGGAGAGAUGGAGGGCCGGAAGGUGGAGAUUUUCCUCUGCUUGGUGCUUUUCGGCUGCGUGGCGGCUCAAGAUCCGCCGGCGAAGAACCAAUCGCGCCCAGCCAAGGAACAGAAGAAGAGAGAGAGCGCCCGUUCCAGCUUCGACGCCGGCAUGGUUGGCGAGUGGACCUCAUGGUUCAACGUGGACCACCCGGGAGGCGAAGGUGAUUUUGAGACCCUGGAAGCCAUCCGCUUCUACUAUCCGGAUCGCGUCUGCGCCCAGCCCUCCGCCAUCCAAGCCCGGACCACCGAAUGGGAGCUGCCGGAGGAAGUUGGGGAGGUGGUUCACUCCAGCCCCCAAGAAGGCUUCUGGUGCCUCAACCAGGAGCAGCCCGGGGGCAAGACCUGCUCCAACUACCACGUCCGGUUCCUCUGCCCCCCAGAUCCCACAGAUUGGUUGGGGUGGUCAGCGUGGUCUUCCUGGAGCUCCUGUUCACGGACGGCCUGCGGAACGAACGGCGUUCAAACCAGACACAGGAGCUGUUUGAACAGCUCUGCUCCGACCCUUGGUAGGCUGACCAAAUGCCCGGGAAAAUCUGCCGAGCGGCGUGCGUGCAGCAACGAACCUUGCCGAGAGCCCCAUUGGAGCAGUUGGGGGGCCUGGAGCCCCUGCUCAAAGACCUGCGGCGGCGGAGGGAAGAGGGUCCGCCGGCGGAGCUGCCCAAAGUCCAAGCUCAUCCGCUGCCCCGGCCGUCCCUCGGAGGUGCAGAAAUGUUCGCUGUCACCCUGUCCAGCUUGCCAGCUCAGCUGUGAUGUGGGCGUCCCCAGCAAGGACUGUACCAGCUGCACCUGCCCCAAUCACACUGUCCUGGGCACCGUACGGAGCGCAAAGGGAGUGGUCCUCGCCGGCGCCCAGAUCUUUCUCCAGGACCGGCCCCUGGCCCUACUGGCCAAGAGCAACUGGCGCGGCCAAUUCACCGUCCGAGGCAUCUGCGCCGGGAGUGGGGUCAACGUCAGCGCAAAGCUCGAGAGGUUUGCCCAAGGCAGCAGCCCGGCGAUCGCCAACAGCUCUCGGACAUCUGUGGUGGACCUAGUGCUCCAUCGACUAGAAAAACCUUACAUGGUGUCCCAUCCGGAAGAGAAAGUGAGGACAGUUGGACAAAGCGUACGGUUUUGCUGCAGAGCGCAGGGUAUUCCGGAGCCAAUGAAGUAUUACUGGUACCACAACGGGACCCUCCUGGACCGCAAGGUGCACAGAUACGACAGCAGCUUAGUGCUGAGGGACCUGCAGCCAAAUCAGGCCGGCUCGUACCACUGCAAAGCCAGCAAUGACCUCGGCUCCGUGAAGUCCUCCGUGGCCCAGCUGGCUGUGAUAGACCCAGGCGUCCCAGCCUGCACUGCCGAGCCAGAAGAAUACCUCAUCAAACUCCCCGACGAGUGUUUCCAAGAGGAGACAGGCUCCCAGUUCUACAACGUCGGGCAGUGCCCCAAUGCCCGCUGUGCCGGCAGCCUUGCUGACGGCCUGCAGUGCCAGGACGCCACACAGCACUGCUGCGGCACGCGCCGCAUGGAAGUGCGGGAGAUUCGCUGCAUCGGGUACGUCCUCCCCAUCAAGGUGGUUGCGGAGUGCGGCUGUAGCUCAUGCACCCAGCCAAAGGUGCUGGUCCAUGGCAAGGCUUCGGCGGCAGACGAUGGCGAACCUCUGCGCUUUGGUGAGAUCUACUUGGGGGCCGAGAAGAUCGGCUUCACCGGUUACAAGGGCACCUUCACCAUCGAGGUUCCACCGGACACGGAGAGGCUGGUGGUGAAGUUUGUGGACCGGACGCAGAAAUUCGUUGAGGCCGUCAAGGUCUUCCCGUUUGACCAGCGCGGUGGAGCCGUCUACCAGGACGUCAAGCUGUUAAGGAGGAAGGAGCCGGUUGACUUGCAAGCCUUGGAGACCAACGUCAUCCAGCUCGGAGAAGUGGCUGGAGAGGACCCCAUUGGGGAGAUUGUCAUCCCCUCAGGAUCUUUCUUCAGGCCCGACGGGCUACCCUACAAUGGGACCGUACGGGCCAGCGUCACCUUCGUGGAUCCACGGGACUUUGCCACGGUGAACGCCGCCUCCAGCGACUUGAAUUUCAUCAACGCCGAAGGCGACCUCUUCCCUCUCCGGACUUAUGGCAUGUUUUCCAUGGACUUCUGGGAAGAGGGCAGUAACCAGGGAUUAGAGGCCAGGAGCGUGGAGGUCAAGAUGGACGCCGAGCUCAUUAAGAUGCCGGGGCACGUCCAGAAAAUGAAGCUCUGGUCCCUCAACCCCGUGACAGGCCUGUGGGAAGAGGAGGCCUCCUUUAAGCGGGCCGCGGCAGGGCGCCGCAAACGCGAGGAGAGGGCCUUCCUGAUUGGCAACCUGGAAAUCCGUGAAAGGCGGCUGUUCAACCUGGAUGUACCAGAGAAUCGCCGCUGCUUCGUCAAGGUCCGAGCCUACAUCAACGAAAAGCUCAACCCCAACGAACAGCUGGAGGGAGUGGUGGUUACCCUGGUGAACCUUGAGCCCCGGCCUGGCUUUCCGUCCAACCCUCAGGCCUGGGGCCGCUUUGACAGCGUGGUGACAGGUCGCAAUGGUGCGUGCCUUCCUGCCUUCUGCGACGGCCAGCAGGCCGAUGCCUACACUGCCUACGUCACUGCCACGAUGGGUGGGGAGGAGCUGGAGGCCGUGGCUUCCAGCCCGAAGCUUGACCCUCGAGCCGUGGGCGUUUCUCAGCCGUACCUCAACAAGCUGGGCUACCGGCGAUCCGACCACGACGACCCAGCCCUCAAGAAGACGGCCUUCAAGAUCAACCUCGCCAAGCCCAACCAGAACAACAUCGACGAGACUAACGGUCCCAUCUACCCGUACCGGAGUCUGAGGGAUUGCGACCAGGCGCCCGUCACAGCCAACCACUUCCGCUUCUACCGGGUGGAAGUGGACAAGUAUGAGUACAAUGUGGUGCCCUUCAAGGAGAGCGACUUGACAUCGUGGACCGGGGAUUACCUCUCCUGGUGGCCCAACCCUCAAGAGUUCCGGGCUUGCUACAUCAAGGUGAAGAUCAACGGGCCUCAACAAUACAUGGUCCGGUCUCGAAACGUGGGGGGCAGCCACCCCAGGACUCGGGGGCAACUUUACGGCCUGCGGGACUCUCAGAGCGUCCGGGACCUCGAGACGUAUAACACAUCAGCGGCGUGCGUCGAGUUCAAGUGCAGCGGAAUGCUCUUUGACCAGGGACUUGUCGACAGGACUUUGGUGUCCGUCAUCCCGCAGGGGAGCUGCCGUCGUACGGCGGUCAACAGCUACCUGAGGGAGUACCUCGGCCGCCACCCGCCCGUCGUGGAAAACAACGACACCUCGGCCUUCGCCAUGCUGGCUCCUGUGGACCCUCUGGGGCACAACUAUGGCAUCUACACCGUGACCGACCAGAACCCGCGCCUGGCCAAGGAAAUUGCCAUCGGUCGCUGCUUUGAUGGCACCUCGGACGGGUUCUCGCGGGAGAUGAAAUCUGAGCGGGGUACGGCGGUCACCUUCUUUUGCCAGGAACAGCCGGUGGGGCGUGAGAGCUUCUUCCAGCGCCUGCUUGAAGCCCCCGCCCAGACGCUGACGGAGAUCCGGCGUGCGAUGGGGGAAAACGAACAGCUGCGAGGAGCUUCUCAGGUGGUGGCGUACCCGGCAGGGUUGCGGACCGUGUUUGCGGCGCAGGCCCGUCGGACCCCCAGCCGCAGGAGGAGGGUGGGUGCUUCACAGACCGGACAGUGAGCAAGGAAGAGAACUGAUGGGUCGUCUUCACAUGAAACUGGCAUGUUCCUCAUCUCUCUCGCACUGAGUGAGGAGGUGUAUCCACGAGGAAAGCUUUGUCCCGCCUCCCUCCAGAUCGAUGCCUCGAAACCAAGAAAGAUAAACACAAUCUCCUGGCCUCACGCCUGCCGUUAAUCCCCAGUGUCAAUUCCUUAAUCCGCGCCCUGCUGUGGUCUUCCCCAAGGGUGUAGUGGUAAAUUGUGAAGGGCAGGGGCUCAUCCUGAUAGCUCCCCAUAUCCCUGGUCCCAAGGAGAGUGCCAUAGUCAUGGAUGCCCCCCAGGAAUAGCCACACCCCCAAGGAGAGCCUCUAAUCGCACACACGAGGAAAGCCACGCCCCCAAGGAAAGCCACACCCCAUGGAUAGAAAGCCACACCCCCAAGGAAGGUCCCAAAAUAUAGGCAGCAGUUUCAAUUCAUUACAGUGGUACCUCGGGUUAAGUACUUAAUUCGUUCCGAAGGUCUGUUCUUAACCUG